CAGAGCAUGUACGUGGAGAACAAAGCCUUUUCUAUGGACGAGUCGCAAGCAGCCAAGAAGCCGGUGUCGCCCUACAGCGGGUACAACGGGCAGAUCAGGAGCAGCGUGUACCAGCCCACGGAGAUGGCGCUCAUGAACAAGAACACGGCAGAAGUUCCGUAUGACAUCAUAAUCCCCAGAGCCACUGCCAACACCCACCCAGCCGUGAGCGGGAACUCCACACUGCGGGCCGAGGACGCCUUCAGCAAUCAAAACCGCCACGCCGCAAACAACGGACAGUCGAAUUCCCCGUACAGCCAAUGGUGA